CUCGCAAACCGCUGAUACUGCCAGAAGGCCAGAAGUUCCACUGUGCAGUGCAGCCAUCGUGGAAGUUACUCGGCGCGUCAUUUAACAUCGCAUAAUUAGUUCGUUUUCAGACAGCGCGUUGAGUGGAGUUUCGACACGUUACAAAUUUUACAUGAUUGUCAAGUACAUAUAAUUUUGUUUUCUCCACCUAUUUGUUUUUUCGUCGAAAAUAUAAAUUUUAACGCACCUAACCUCUUUUGUGAAACGGUCUUCCAUACCAAUACGUGAACGUGAAAUUAUCGUGGAACGACGUACGAACACAGUCGAAACGAGAAUGCAACGACAACGAGAAACCGAAUACACGUAAAAAAGAAAAGAAAAAAAAACCAGCUGUUCGAGGCGAACGACAAUCGAAUGAUUGCUCGAAUAAACGGAGCAGUGACGUAGCUUGCGAACGAACGAAAUAGAGACGAACGUAUUUUUAUUCAGAAGAAGGAGAAAGAAUCGAACGAAAUCGUAAAAAAACCGACUAAAUUGCCCGCACGGAAAAUUGCGUAGAAUCGUCGCGUCAAGAUUUUAAAGAAGCGUAUACAGUGGUGCAUCGCUCUAUGUAUACGUAUACUUGCACGCGAGUUGCACGAUAGCUUUCCUCCAGGCAAGCGGGAAAUAAGUUGAUUUUUGUGUGCGGGUUGAAUAUUAGUAAUCGAAAAAAAAAAAAAAAAAUGUGGCAUUCCUCGAAAACGACACCGAUGGAGAGCAAUGUUCCAGAGAACGAGCAAAAACAAAAGUACGAGGAUCAACGUAACUCGAGCCACGCCGAUUCCGGGUUUCUCUCCAGUGGGAAUCUCCAAAUCAGUUCGGAGCUGUGCGAUUCCGAAUUGAAUGUUGCAACAACCGCACCAGCCGCCCCGGAACCAAUGAGAGCAGACAGCGGUGUCGAUCUUGGCUUGAGCGAAAGCUUAAGCCAGCUUACGUUGAAACAUGUUACGUUAAACCCUCUGACAAGCGGUAAGGUUCAGGCCGAGCCCACUGUUGAAUUAACUCCUGUAAGCGCUGAAAAACUCGAGCAACAUAAUGCCUCGAUGUUGCAACCGCAUCAGUCCUCUGAAAAGUCGCUUAAUGAGGAACCUUGGCAGCUCUACUAUACCCAGGACGAUGAUGGUGACACGCAACUUCAUAUAGCUAUAGUGCAAGGAUUCUUGGAAGCUGCGUUUAGCUUGAUAAGAAUGGCACCACAUUCCUAUUUUUUAAAUAUCCUGAACGAUGACGGCCAGUCGCCCUUGCACCUAGCCGUAUUGACACGUCAACCGAGGAUCGUCAGACGGCUGGUUUUAGCAGGUGCAAAUCCAACGUUGAGAAACUUCCGCGGGAACACGGCUCUUCACUUGGCGUGUGCGACGGGGGACAUUGCCUGUGCAAAGGCCCUUACCGAUCCUCUAACACUCGUCGAAAGAAAUUACUUUCUCCCAGGAAAAAAGAUACCUCCUCUACCACAAAAUUUAGAACAGCGAAAUUACGAUGAUGUUACACUUUACAUUUCAGGAGAAAUGUGCUUACAUAUAGCCGCUUCAUCGGGUCAAGUGGAGAUUGUGCGACUUCUGCUGCGUCUCGGAGCGGAUCUUGAAGCCAGAGAAGCAUUGGCGGGGAAAACGGCUCUUCACCUCGCUGUGGAACGUGGGUGUCGGUCAGUGGUCGCAUUCCUCCUUCAAGAGUGCAGGCCCUGCUUAGAUACACAAACCUACGCCGGGAUCACAGCAUAUCAGUUAGCUCUGUGCUUUGAUAGUCAACUCGCAAGGGAAUUAGUAAGACUGGGCGCAACACCAGAACCGCUUCCAGAACCAGAUUCGGAUAGCAGUGACGAGGAAGAGAGUUCUCCAGCUAAUUAUUUACCGACGAUCGCGAGACUUCGACAAAACGUGGUCGGUGUCAAAGUAUAGAAGUAUUUAUUGAUAUAUUGACUAAUUCGGCAAUACGGUCUGUUUUAUGAUCAAUUUUUAAAAUUAAAUAAUUGAUUAAAAUAUCAUUGAGAAACUAUUACUGAAGAUAUCUUAAAAAAUGGUUAUUCGUGGUUAUGCGAAUAUCGCGAAACAGGUACAUAGGUAGAUAGGAAUAAUUCGAAUUCCAUCAAAUGCAAGUAUUAAUCGCAUCAAAUCGAAUGUUUUAUUUACUUAAAGAUAAUCAACAACAUCAGUGUGAAAUGUAUUAUAAAAACGAAAAAAAAAGCGAAAGAAUACUCGAAGAAGCAAAAGAUAAACAGAGACAUAGUUUUUAAUGUAAACAUACUUUUGUGAGAAGUAAUUGCUAUACUUCGAUGACGAAGAAAACAAUAUCGAAUACAUUUGUUGUAAUAUAACUAAUCGACUGUAAAGGAUUCACAUUUACGCUUAGGGUACUGUAGGAUCUCUGUAAAUAUAGAUGGAAGAUCAAAGAUUUUUAUUCGAGUGGUGUGAGAAUGUGGCAAUGACAUCCGUACGUUUGAAAGUGAUUUAAAAUGAAAAUUUACAUUGA